CCGCCCGAGCUCGGACCCGGCGCCCGUCCCGCCCGCGUGUCCCGCCGCGCCCCGAAGUCCCGAGCCCGCAGGAUCCCGGGGCUCGCCAUGGCGGUCGCGCUCAGCAACAGGUUCCAAGGGGGGAAGGCCUUCGGCUUGCUCAAGGCCCGGCAGGACCGGAGGCUGGCGGAGAUCAACAGGGAGUUCCUCUGUGACCAGAAGUACAGCGAUGAAGAGAACCUGCCGGAAAAGCUUGUGGCCUUCAAAGAGAAGUACAUGGAGUUUGACCUGAACAAUGAAGGCGAAAUUGACCUGAUGUCGCUAAAGAGGAUGAUGGAGAAGCUCGGAGUCCCCAAGACCCACCUGGAGAUGAAGAAGAUGAUCUCCGAGGUGACAGGCGGUGUCAGCGACACCAUCUCCUACCGGGACUUUGUGAACAUGAUGCUGGGGAAGCGCUCGGCCGUGCUCAAGCUAGUCAUGAUGUUUGAAGGAAAAGCCAAGGAGAGCAGCCCCAAGCCGGUUGGGCCCCCUCCUGAGAGAGACAUUGCCAGCCUGCCCUGAGCAGACCUGCCCCAGCUGCCCUGCCCUCCCUGCCUCCCCCCACCCUCCCACCGUGAUUUGUCUCGUUUCAUUUGGUCGUUGUAUUUGUGUUUUCACUGGGCAGAAUUAAUGAUCUCUUUGCAAAGCACAAAUUAUCUGCCUUCAAGGUCCCUGGGGCCCCUUCCUUUCUUCUCCCCUCUUCUCCCCUGUCCGCGCAGAAGGGCUGACACCAAAGCAGAACACUGGAGGGCAUAGGGCGGGCAGGAAGACUGGAAGCUGUGUUUCCAGCUUGGAGCUUACACUGUGCGUUUUCAAGGAGGACUCUGGGUUAAGUCCAGGCUGAGCAGCCUGGCCCUGGUGGAGACCUUGAGCCACUUUCAUUUGACCCUGGAGUAAGAGGAACAGGGCUGCAGAGCCCCACUGGGGUGUCCUUGGGCAGCUCUAAUUCCAGUGCUCUGGGGUGGUCCAGGAUGUGGCCAUGGGACGCUACACUGCCUCCAGCUGAUCCCCACAGGCCAUGCUUCUCAUCCUUGGUGAGAUGACAGGAGGGAAGGAUGGGGGCUUGGCCAUUUCAACCUUUCAAGAAGGUUCCAGAAGGAAUCCUCUAGCCUCCCCCCCUCCCCAGCCAUACCUUCCUAGGCAGCUCAGACAGGGUGCAUAUGAUGGGUACAGCCCCCCUAUUCCUUGCUGGGGCAGCAAAAGGCUACAGAACUAGAUGGGAAGCCAGGGACCUUGGGGUUGGGGUGUGCUCAGCCAAGGAGGAAGCUGAGGAUAACAGGACAGGAGCAAGAGGAAUAAGAUGCUCAUGGCCAAGAGCACCACUGCUGAGCCAGGAGCUGAGAAAAGGGACUAGAAUGACAACCCCUGUCUGCUGGAAAUGACCAUUCUCCCCCACUUGCUCCCCACCUUAUACACCAUUCAUUCAUGCAUUCACUCAGUCACCCAACAGAUAUUUAUUGACCACCUAUUAUAAGCUUUAAGUCUUUUCCUCACCCCACUUUGUCCUGAUCGUGUUGUGUCUCUCUUCCUUACUCACCUCUGCAUUUCCAAAUCACCCAGAACCUUGAGCUUGGGGACUGGAUUGGGGUCAUCUUGGUCCUUUUAUGGACUCAUGGGGUUUUAGAGCCCUGACCCCCUGGAGGCUAGCUGGACCAGUCCUCUCAUUUCACAGGUGGUCUCCUGGGAUUAAGUGUCUUGCCCAAGGUCAGGGUUGAUCUGCAGAUGGGAGAGUCUGGACCAGAGCCCAGGAAUCCUAAUGCCCUGCCUGCUCCUGUCUUACUGGGCUGCCUCCUUCAACAGCCAAGGGAUGUGGUCAGAAGGGAUCAUCUCCUAGGUCGAUACAAGGGGACCGGCCGGGGGCCAAGUCUUGCCCUGCAAGUCUGCAGGACCCACGCCUACCUCUGUAGUUAUACCUUCCCCACGUCUUCUUGACCAAGUCACUUCUCAGAACUCACACAGGAGGACGACCCACUGGAUCCUAUCGAGGCUGAGCAGGGAGCCAGCCUUGGCCCCAUCUGUGUGCUGGAGCCCUUCCUGUGCCAGAUCAGAACUUUGAUGCAUCCACCCAUUUAAUAUAUUUAUAACACGCCCGCUGUGGGCCAGGAGCCGAGAACACAGUGGUGAAAUGGACAGUCUUUAGGAAUUCAGAGUCUAGGAUGGAAUCAGAUCCAGACAAGUGAGAUGAUCAUGAGAGAAGGGGGAUACGGAGUGAUGACAUUGUCAUCCUGUCAUCCUGGGGGGGCUUAGCUGAGCCCAGGGUUGAGUAAGUCACAAACUUUAAGUGAUAGGUUUCAGAGCUGUUAGAGGCUAGAGCCAGCGGGGGACUCCCCAAGGCUCCUCAGUGCCCCACAAUCACAGGUGCCGGACAGCAUUUGAGGGAGUGAAGCAUGUAGGUGGGGAAAUGGCCAGGUUGGGUUAACCUGCUGGUCUCCAGUUCAGGAGCAAGUUAAUUUGCCCAUGACUGGCUGAUUUUCAGCCUAAGGAGCUACUUCAAAUGCACAGGCCUAGUUGAAGUUUAAACUCCAGCAAAACAUUCCGUCCUGUAAAUAUAAAAUCUCACCACCACCCUUGCCUUUUGUUUCCCCAAGAUCUUUAGAUGAGCUACUGCCUGUCCCCACCCCUUCCCACUGCAUCACCUCUCUGGGACAGAGACCUCUGAGCAAGGUCAGCCUUCCUUGACAGCCUGCCACAGCCAGAGUGCCCUGUCUCUCUCACUCAGGGACAUCAGAGCCAACGUGAUUUCAAAGGGGUUCAGUUUAUUGGACAGCAGGAAGCAGCCUCAAAGGAGGAGAGCAGGCGGGUAUGUCCUCAGCUUCUGGAAAGGGCAGGAAGGAGUUCUCUCAUUGGAUGGGGGUGUCCUGGGAAGCCCCACCAGUUCCUUUACCAUUUCUUGGAACUCAACCCCUGGAGGAAGGGGGCGGUCUGAAGAGUGGUCCUUGGAAAGGUGGGGAUAGGGGAGGAUUCUGCAAGUUUUUCAGGUUUCAGCUAUUGGCUGGAGCAUUCUCUCAGCUAAGACCUCAUCUUAAAACUUCAGCUGCCUUUUUUCUAAAAGACCAAAUUUAAUUAAUGUAACAAGCAACUCAGGGGCAGCCAACUAUGGCUUUGUCCCUCUGACUCAAGAGCAAGAAGUCUGUCCAGCAAGUUCAGCUGGAUGAAGUGUGUGUGCAAGUGUGCAUAUGAGUGUGUGUGAUGCAGGGUGUCACCUGUACAGAUGAAAUAAAACAGACAAACUUACAAUGUCUUGGGUGGUGUACUUUGGGAACAGUUCCCGAAUGGGGCAACUUCAGAAGAGCAAGCAUAUAUAGCAGCGGUCUGAAUGUGACCUGUGUGCUGGACCCUGCUACUCACUGAACUCUAUGGACUCCUUAGAACUCCAUGAGACAGGUUCGGUGAUGUCAUGCUUGUUUUUUAAAUGAGAAGCAAGCUUGGAGCAGAUAAGCAAUUUGCUGCCAACCAAUUAGUCGGAGAAUAUGUAACCUCCCCCCUCCUCACUCCCCCACCUCACCCAGACGCCAAAUCAAGUAUCUCUUUCAGAGCAUCUAUUGCAUGCAUCCACUAGCAGAAUGUCCAGCUGGGACUGUGUCAUCGUCGUCCAUCAGCAAAGCCAGACCAGAGGAAUUCUAAACCCGACUCCACUUUUGGGCCAAGGGGCACAGGGGAUUUUCUUAACAUCUAGUUAGGGGGGAAAAGGCUGUCCUAAAGCUAAUUCCAUACAGGCUUUGUGGACUCCACCCCCACCCCAGGCCAAAGCCAAAGACACUGGGAACUCCACAUCCCAUCCCCACCCAAGGGAAGGUGGCUGGGACCUGAGGGUGGGGUUCAGCAGCCAGGUGGGUACAAAGCCAGGCACGUGGGCUUUGGAGGGGUCCCCCUUUUUGGCUCUCCGCCAGCUCCCAGCGUUGGGCCAGCUCUGAGAGUGCCUUUGGGUUUCCAGGUCGGUGGAUCGGGUAGGACGCAUGAAAGCCUUUUAUUUCCCUAUUUUCUCCCUGAGUUGUCCAUUUACCUUAUUUCCUUUUCCCUUGUCAAUAAACCUUUUAUUAACCUUUUGUGUGUGUCUGUAG